AUGGAAGCGAUCCGCGUCACAGAAUUUGUGUCUUCCGUCUCCUCCCUCAGACCCCAGAAGGUCCCUCUUCCACCCAGCCCCGGUCCCGGAGAAAUCCUCGUUGCAAUCCACUGCACAGCAUUGAACCAUGUCGACCUGCUCUAUGCCCGAGGGAAACACCAGAACAACACCUCACUGAUCCGUCCUCCCUUCACGCUUGGACUGGAAUUCGCCGGCACGGUUCUCGCCGUUGGAUAUAGCCUUCAUAACGCACGAUUCAAUCCAGGAGACAACGUUUUUGGCUCAGGAUUAGGUGCAUAUGCCGAACAGAUUCUAGUCCCAGAACGAGCGCUUCGCCACAUUCCCGCCGAUUGGGGGUUUGAAAGCGCAGCUGGGCUCGCUGCAACGGCAAACGUUGCAUAUGGCGCAGUUGCAUUAAGGGGAGGGGUCAAGAAAGGCGACUGGGUGAUGGUCCACGGAGCUGCUGGUGGUAUAGGUGUAUAUGCUUGCCAAAUUGCAAAAGCCUUGGGAGCUCAAGUCAUCGCGGGCAUCAGGGAUACGAAAGACGUUGAGAAGACAAACGCCUUGCGAUCACUGGGAUGUGUCGAUAGCAUUGUGGCAACUGGCGCUGGCCCUGACUGGGAGAAUCAAGUAAAGAGCGUAACGGGUGGCUCUGGCGUGGAUGUUGUCAUCGACAACGUUGGACUCGUUAAGGAGAGUAUUCGUUGCCUGAGGCCUGCGGGAGGAAAGAUAGUUCUAGUUGGCUUUGCCGGGCGGGGAGGCAUUAUGGAACAGCUCACAACAAACCGAAUAUUGCUAAAGCAAGCCGUGAUAAUUGGCUACCGAUAUGGAGACACAGACCGCAGGGAUCCAAAGGAGUCGGAACAGGUAUGGGCAGGUCUCAUGGAAAUGAUUGAUUCAGGUGCCAUCAAACCAGUUGUUUACCCAAGGAAGUACCAUGGUCUAGAUGCAGUAAAAGUAGCGAUGGAAGACCUCCAAGCAAGAAGGAUAUACGGUAAAGCAAUUAUCUAUGUGAAAAAAGUGAGGAACGCUUUAUAA